AUGGUCCAGAGUUUUGUCUUCACCAUUGAGGAAAUCAACAGUAACCCUCAUCUUCUUCCUAAUGUCACUCUGGGCUUUGCCAUCUGGGAUUCUGGGAGUUCUGAGUUGGGGGCCCUGUGGGGGACGAUGGCCCUGUUGACUGGCCAGGGGUAUCCUAUCCCUAACUACAGCUGUGCUCUCCCUGAGGCCCCCCUCGCUGCCAUCCUUGGAGAGGAUCGGUCUACACUCUCCAUUGCCAUGGCCACAUGGCUGGGUCUCUACAGGAUUCCCCAGGUGAGCUAUGGCUCCACGGUGUCGGUCCUCAGCGACAAGAAGCGCUUCCCCUCCUUCCUCCGCACUGUGCCUCCCGACAAAGCCCGGGCUCGCGGAAUGGCGCGCCUGGCGGCCCACCUGGCCUGGUACGCAGUGGGGCUCGUGGCGCAGGAUGACGAGUAUGGGCAGCUCGGGGCGAGGGCUCUGCGCCUUGAGCUGGAGGCGGCGGGGCUGUGCGUGUACGUGGCGGCUGAGCUGUCCAGCUCCCCGAACCCCGAGAAGCUGCGUAAGGCGGCGCACACCCUGGCCGCGGCCCAGCCUCGGGUGCUGUUAGUCUUCUCUCGUGCGCAGGAGCUUCUGCUGCUGGCCGCGGAGCUGCAGCACCAAGGCGCCAGCGGCCGCGGCCACCUCUGGAUUAGCAGCGAAGUCUGGGACCCAACGCUGCUGGCUCCUCUGUCCCUGGGCCGGGCCCUGAACGGGGCGCUUUCCUUCUCGGCCCAUCGCGGUCGCAUCCCCGGCUUCGCGGACUUCCUAGGUCGGCUGCACCCUGCGCGCAGCCCAGAGGACAAGUUCCUGCAGCUCUUCUGGGAGGAGACGUUCCUUUGUCAGUGGUUCCACAACUCAUCCUCUCCUGGGUGGGCUUUGGUGGGAGGAGGAGGAGAACCCGGAGUGCUCUUGGGUGGAGAGGAAGGAGGGAGAGGAGGAGGAGGAAGAUUAGGGCGUGUGGGACGGCAAGCAGAGGCCAAGAGCGGUGCAGGGAGGGGAGCACACAACUGCACCGGGGAAGAGACUCUUCAGGGCCAGGAUCUCCCCUUUCUGGACAUGAGUGACCUGAGUGUGACCUAUGCAGUGGCCAAUGCUGUGGCCAGUGUGGCCCACGCACUGCACAACUUGGCCACCUGUGAAGCUGGGGAUGGGCCCUUUGUGGAUGGGGAGUGCGCAGACAUGCGCAAUUUUCAGCCAUGGCAGAUCCUGUAUUACCUGAGGAGAGUGAGAUUCCGCAACAGCUAUGGGGAAGAGGUGCUCUUUGAUGCUAAUGGUGACCCCCCAGCUCUUUAUGAUGUCAUGAGAUGGCAGCCUGGCCCCAGGGGCUACCCUCCCUUCCAGGAAAUUGCCAGAUUUAAUGACACAGCAGCCCAGGAAUGCCAACUGCAGAUAAAUGCCAGUGGACUCACUUUGGAAAGGAUGGAGGAGCAGGUUUCUUCCUCGAUCUGCCAGGAGACUUGCCCUCCUGGAACCUGGAGGACCUCCCAGAUUGGCCAGGCAAGCUGCUGUUUUGCUUGUCCCCAGUGCCCUGUGGGACAGGUGUCUGAACUCAAAGCAGAUGCUCCUGCCUGCAAGAAGUGUCCCGAUGACACCCUGUGGCCCAGCCCGUCAAGGGAUCGCUGUGAGCUGCAGCCCGCCAUCUUCCUCCAGUUUGGGGACCCCCUCGGGGCUGCCCUUGCCUCCCUGGGGAUUUGUGUGUCUCUGGCUACAGGUGUGGUUCUGGCCAUCUUUGUCUGCCACCGUCACACGCCCCUGGUGCGGGCCAGCAGCCCAGGGCUCAGCGCCCUCCUGCUCACCUGCUUGCUCCUCUCUAGCCUCAGCUCCCUUCUCUUCCUUGGCCACCGAGGUCCUUUCGAUUGCCGGCUCCGCCAGGUGGCCCUCAGCCUCACCUUCCCCACGGCCAUCUCCUGUGUGCUGGCGAGGACAGCGACUGUCCUUGUGGCCUUCCGGGCUGUGCGGCCAGGCAGCCCCCUGCAGAUAUGUCUGGGGCCUGGCCUGACCCGGGCUUUAGUCGCAGGGCCCCUCAUGGCCCAGGCUGGUGUCUGUAUUGUCUGGUUGGGGGUUGCCUCGCCAAGCCAGAGGAGAAGCCUGUCACUGGCCCCCAACACGGUCUCACCUGAAUGUCUCGAGGCCUUGACUCCUGGAUUCUGGGGCCUCCUGGGCCUCCUGGCAUUGGCUGGCUUUGUCCUGGCCCUGCUGACCCGCCGGCUUCCCGGGGGCUUCUGUGAAGCCCACCUUCUCACACUCAGCAUGGCGGUGUGUGUGAGUGUCUGGCUGGCCUCCCUGCCUGCCCAGAUCCACAGCAGGGGCCGGGCAGUGGCGGCAGCCGUGCAGGCCUUCAGCAUUCUGGCUUCCAACGCUGCUCUGCUGGGCUUCAUCUUCCUGCCCAGGUGUGUCAUCAUCCUGCUCCAGCCCCACAGGAACAACAGGGCGUGGCUCAUGGGGAGGCCACCAGCCUUAUGA